CUCCCUCCUAUUUACUCACAAUAUCCAAAAGCUGCAGUGGCUGUUGGCUUCCUACCCAGCCGCAAGGGCUGCCUCCAGCACUCCUUCCUGCUCCACACUGUGGAGCCUCGUCCUGCCUCUUUACCAUUCAAGGAGCAGCUUUCCAUUAACUCAGAACUCUGUGUCCUGUCUGCAGGAUCUUACCGAGCAAUAUGGUCUGCUGCCUCUGCCAGUUUAAAAAUGAUAUUGAAGUUGUCGACAAGACAGUCAAGCUGCACUGUGAUAGCACAUGUCUGACCAAUGCCAAGCAGUGUUUGGGAGACACAUCCAUAGUGAUCUCCCAAGAAUCCUUCAUGAAAGCGUUACAAGCCCGGAAGAGGAGCACCAGCACCCAGCUGAAUAUUGAAUCUGAAAUGUCAUCUUCACAGGAAAGUGUGACCAACCCAGUGGGCUUUACAAAAGAGCAGCUCGAUAUGAAUGAUGAAAGUGACAUCAUCAGUGCACUAAACUACAUACUGCCUUAUUUCUCCAAGGAAAAUCUAGAAGGCAUAGAGGCAACAUUAUUACCAUUCAUUCAGCUGCUUUUUUCAAAAGUCCAAGAGGACGCUAAUCCCUUAGGUGACUUGAACCACAACAGGAGAAACUCUUUUCAACCUGCACGCAACAAUUUACGUUUCACAAAUAAGAUGAAGAAGCUGUAUCUUCUUCAAAAAUUGCUGGAGGAAGGUAACCAGGAAAAAAACAAUGAGGUAAAAAAGGAAGAGAAAAUUCCUAUGCUGCUACAGCCUAGCCAUUUUCGUCCCAAAUUCAGAGGCCAAAUCUUUCCAAAAAAAUCGGAAAAUGCUGAAGCACCAGAAAACAGCCUGGCAGCAGUUGGGCAUGGAAGGAAAACACUUCAGAGAGUAAAGAGAGAACUUGCGGAGAACACAAGAAAAGCUGUGUCUUCUUCAGAAAAUGGCGUUUUUAUUUUAGAGCAUGCAAACUCUAUAGUUAAAACCAUGGGGGGGAAUAAGCCAAUCAUACAUUCUGGAAAAGUUCACCGUUUUCACAAAAUUCACUCACGUGUGGCCCACAGAACACAGGAGACCAAGCUGAGUGAAAACCUGAGAAAGGAAAGCACACGCAGUACACUACUGCUUGCAAAGAGGCCUCCAUUCCCAGCAGUGAAGAGUCACACCAGCUCCCCUUCACAACAGGUGCUCUCACCUUCAAGAGACCCGAGUAUUCGGGAGAAUCCUGUGUCAGAAUUAUAUGUGCCUUUAGAGCCUUCAGUAGAAAGCACCUCUGUAGAAAACCCUGCUACAGAUGAAGAUUUUCAAGCAGUGGAUUUUGGAGGGUAUGUUAGUGUGCCAGAAAGAUCUGUAUCUGAAAAAACUCAGAAGGAUCCUUUGGCCAAAGAGACUGCUGCGACUACACCCGACCUCACACCAGCUGUGAGGCAGGCCAGGGAGGCACGAUGGCAACAACCCAACACGGGGACUGACUCACUCCCCAGGGACUUCACCUCCACACUGCUGUCAGGUGAUCAGUUUGAAACUUACCGAGACCAGCAGCUGGGGCUCCUCAUCCCCAACAAUAACAUCAGAAGGCUGAUUUCUCAGGUCAGCAGGAUCGUAAAAAUGGACUGCUCUGAGGCCCACACGCAGCUGGCCUGUGCCAAGCUCGUCUCUAGGACGGGCCUCCUGAUGAAGCUACUCAGUGAAGAGCAAAAAGUCCAUGUGGCCAAGGCCCUGUGGGAUGCAGAGGAUCAGAAGAGUGAGAAGGACACCACUGAGAACACAGCAGAGAGCGACCACAAGGACCAGAAGUCAAGAGAGCUUACAAAAGUUCCACAACGUGACUAUUACAAACUGAUCUUGCCAUUAUCUUUCAUGGGAGUGAUGAUUUUGAUGGUAAUUUUCUGCGUAAUUAAGAUGCGUUGUCAUAGAAGAGCUUUACCAGACGUUGAAAAGGCCUCAAGGGGCUUUUCUCCACAUUGGCAUGGAAGCUGCAAAGCAGAACAAAUGAAAGAGGUAAACUGGAGAAGUGCUCAAUGCUGGGGUGGAAGGGGCAGGGGAAAGCAGAGGUCCUAAGUCCCUUUCUGUUUUACAGAAGGCUGGUACUAGGUUUUAUAGCCUACUUUUGCUCAGGGAUAUAUACAGACCCAUCAGUACCUCCCUGUCUUAGUUACUUUAUGCUCGUGGCUGAGACAAAAUACCUGAUGCCCAAGUUGGGAAAGGAAAAGUUUAUUUCUUACAGUUUUUGGAGGUUUCAGUCCACACUCAGUUGGAUCCAAGACAGGCAAGCAUGGCUGGGCUGCAGUUCAUGGCGGCCGCCUACAGCAAACUCGAACCAGCAAAGAGAAAGACACACUUUCUUCCUGCCAUUACAUCACAUCCUGGCUCCACCCCAUGUGGAUGGAGCACUGACACCAUCAAUCCAAGCACUAUACAAUGAACCAUCACAAAUGAACAAUGCAAACUCAUGAGGCCUGGGGGACACAAACAUAAAUCAUGACACUCCCAAAUGAGAAGAAUGGAAGCCAAGCUACAUGAUGAAUCCUCUGAGGAGGAUGAGAUUUUCACAAACCCUACCCUGUAAAUGCCUUGGGAUGACUUAAGGUUCUUGUCUAAAAUGAGGGGGCAGGGAAAGUUUCACUGCCUUGGUAUUGUUCUCCAGGUACCUGUGUGAAGUCAUCAUAGAAGGAGGGCUCACAGAGUCGAAGAUCAAAGAUGACUAAGCCCUUCUGGCUUCAGCAGUGAUUGUAAAUAGUUUGCCAUAAUAAAUUACCUACUGUUUUAUA